CUAAUAUUAUUUAUGACAAGGAUAUUGCAUCAAUACAGAAAUCUUUAGGUUCAAGAUUUCAUAGUCCUGUGUUUUAUUUGAAGUGACAGAAGAGAUAAACACGAGUGUAAUCUUCACUAGCCAUCUGCAGGCAAUUAAAGCCUCUUUGCUUUUGUAUCUAAAGCAUUACAGGAAAAACAGCCAAAAUACUUGUACAUAUUAGUGAAUUACUGAAAUAUUGAAUGUGGUACCCAUUCAAAUGAGUGGAAUAUCCAGUUUUGAGCAUGAACAACAAACCUAGGAUAUCAAUUUUUAUUUUUAGCCGUUGUCAUUAGAAUAAAUUAUAGAACACACUGAAUCUAGUCUAGUGCAAACUUGCUGUGCUCUUAUUUCAUUCAUCUUCAGUAAUCACUUUAUUCUGGUCAGUCAUUUAAUAGAUCUGGAGCCAGCAACAUUGGGCACAAGGCGGAAAUAUAAGCUGGAUGACAUACGAGUCCAUCACAUAGCAUCAUCCGCAUAUUUCUAGGGACUUAUUCACACUUAGGUGUAAUUUGGAUUAGCCAAUCCUUCUAACAGCAUGUCUUUGGAAUGCAGGAGACAGGACGCAGGAAGAACAUGCACAGAAACAGGUCCAUACAGAACAGAACUUGGGACCAGAGCUAUUUCACUAUUUUACUUUAAUGAUUGUAGGUUUUUUUUUUAUUUCUGAGUUAUAUGAGUUUUUCUUGUAUGUUUAAUUUGUGUGCUUAGGUGUGCAAUACAUAAUCAUGCUUGAUUGUGUUCUUUAUAAUUCCUCUGUUUAAUCUUUUAAGUCAUUUAUGCGUCAUUUUUUUCACAUGAGAACCUGCUGUGAUCGUCUGAAAAUAGUCUCAGUAGGAAAUUUCCUGCUGCUCAGCAAACGAAUAAUUAAAUGAAUAAAUUUCAAAGGAUUUUGUAUUCAUUGCAUUUGCUCACAGCACUAAUAUACUGACACAGUUUAUUUAAAUGUUGAUAUAGUAAAUGUAAGCAAAUGUAGGACCUAAGUACCACUGCUAAAAGAACAAAAAAAAGACAGCCUUGCCACAAAACCUAAUUACAAGUGGUGGCUGGAGACACGUUCAAUACACAUGAAAUGCCAGGUGUAAACAGAUUUCUGUCUCAAAUGUUUACUUGUGAUCUAAUUACCAGAGGUGAAUGUUAAUAAAUGGUUAGAACAUGUCUCAUGGGCUAGAACAUCCCUGCUUAAACACUAAACACAACUUUCACAAAAACCUUCAUAGACACUUGGUGGAGUUUAAAAAAAAAUCUCAGGGAUUCAGUAAUUCUGUAUUUCCGUGAGCCAAGCUGAUGGUUGGUUGAAUGCUAUAACACAGUAUGAAGCGAUCAUUGAUUUUGUAAUUAUUUAUAAUAAUUUCCACCAAACAAUGAAGCAACCACAGCUCAGUAGAACUUUUUCAUGUCAUUAUAUCUGGCUCAUCUGAAGAACAGGAUCAUUCUCUCUAAAUGUACUAUUAUAUGAACAAUGUAAUGUUGAAUGGCUCACAUCAAAGUUUUGAAGCGAUUCAGCCAUUUUCCAGACAAAAUGUGCUCAGUUUGUGCAUUAUUUCAAAACCUUCAUGGUCUUUAAUUUAGGCAACAAUAGAUCUUUUUUAAACAAGCCUAGAAUUACAGAAGAUUGAUCAGGAUAGUCUCUCAGUCUCUCAGUGGUCAAGAGUCUUCAGAGAAGUAUAUAUAUUCUUCACCAAUGCAUCCUCAUCCUUUUCCAAAAAGUAAUUCACCAGUAGGACCCUUUUCUCAAAACAAACACAUAGCAGUAGUUUUCACCAUUUCAGCAAUGAUCACAUGACAUGUAAGACAUGCAAUCUGUAUGUGCUGACAUAGAAUACUCAUGCAUUUAUUUAUAACAGGUGAAAGCUGUGGUGAACAUGGACUCCCUGAAUGGAACCUGGGAGAACAUCACUUUAAACGUAUCUCCUCCAUCUCGUUCCUCUUUCAAUGGACUAAACCUUCUGAUGGAACUAAAGAUGCUUUUUGUCCCUCUCUAUGCCAUGCUAGUACUAGUAGCCUGCUGUGGAAACCUGUUUCUCCUCUUUCUCAUCGGACUGAACAAGAAGCUUCAUAGCACAACAAACUUCCUGAUUGGAAACUUAGCCCUUGCUGACUUGGUCAUGUGUCUUUUCUGUGUGCCCCUGACUGUGUUUUAUGCUUUUGAUGAGCGUGGCUGGGUUUUUGGGCACUUCAUGUGCCGUUUUGUCACGCUUAUGCAGACUGCGACCGUCUUUGCGGCAGUCUUGUCUCUGACGGCCAUAGCCGUAGACCGCUACAUCGUGGUUGCUUAUCCCAUUCGUCGACGUGUAGGGCGGCAUAUUUGCACUGGCUUGGUGCUAAGCAUAUGGCUUUGUGCCCUGGUAAUGUCCAUCCCUGCUACACUACACACUGUGUAUUUGGAUCUGAGCGCUGCAGGUCAUCAAAUGGCCGUGUGUGAGGAGUUCUGGCAAGGUCAAGAGCUUGGACGGCUCAUCUACUCGUGCUUCUUUCUGCUCCUCUCCUAUUUUGUCCCCCUUGCAGCUGUGUCUAUAUCCUACUGUGCCAUUUCGUGCCACCUUCAGCACCGCGCCACACAGGGACUUAUAGCUGCCAUUCCCUCCAAUCAGGAGAAAUGGGGCCGCAAGAGACGCAAGACCUUCCGCCUUUUGUUGAUAUCAGUGCUGUGUUUUGCAUUCUCCUGGCUUCCCUUGCAGGUGGUCAACCUCAUCCGUGACCUGGACACUGACUUUGUUAUACUGAGCAAGAGUCAUGUCAACGUGAUCCAGAUCUCAUGCCAUUUGUUAGCCAUGAGCUCUGCAUGCUUUAACCCUUUUAUCUAUGCUUCUCUGCAUGACAAGUUUUUGUCUUAUUUGUGCCGCAACAUGUUCCAUAGGCCCAGACAAUCUCAGGCCCAAAGCAGCUCUACCACCUCCAGUCGAUUUCCCCGCCAACACACCGGCUCCACCGUGGCUGGUAUUCCCAUGUCUGCGAGCAAGACAAUACAAGAUGAAAUUUAGUCAGUCACAUCAGCCAUCGGCAGUAUGCCUUCUUAGAAUGGUACUGCACCAUAACAAGUUACCACCAUGAUUAUGUAAACGUGUACUGCAUAAGGAACUGUAGGAUGGAGUGUAUAUAUUGUAUAUACUGUAUGUAUGCUGUGCAAAUCCUGCUGAACAAUCUUAAUAGUAAUUGUAAGUAUUAAUACUUACUGUAGCUGUCCUGCAUGUGUUAUUAAUACAGUAGUAAGUAAUGAUGUGAUUAUUUACUUAAACUGGGUAUAGGGUUUGUGUUUUGUGUCAUUUUGUACUGUUAUAAAACAAACUGUAAAGUGUGCACAGGUGGUUGUAACAUGAAAUUAUGGAC